CGGCAGAGCUCCAAGAUGGCGGAGGAGGCCGCGGGCGGCGGCGGCGGGAGCCGGCGCGGGGCGGCGGCAGGGGACCGGGACCGGGAGCGUGAGGAGGAGGGGGGGGUGGCGGCGGCGGGGGAGCGGGGCCCGGGCGCGGCCUAUCAUAUGUUCGUGCUGAUGGAGGACCUGCUGGACAAGCUGAAGCUGCUGAGCUACGAGGAGGAGGCUCUGCGGCGCCACAACAUGAGACCGCUCUCCAGGCACUACUUUGCACUGCCCACUAAUCCUGGUGAGCAGUUCUUUAUGUUUUGCACGCUUGCCGCUUGGCUGAUCACUAAAGCGGGACAUCCCUUUGAACAGCCACAAGAAUAUGAUGACCCCAAUGCAAUAAUAUCAAAUAUACUCUCAGAAUUGCGAUCGUUUGGAAGGCCUGUGGAUUUUCCUCCCUCAAAAUUAAAGGCAGGUUACGGAGAGCAAGCAUGCUAUGUUCUUGAUUGUUUAGCUGAAGAAGCCUUGAAAUACAGUGGCUUUAGCUGGAAAAGACCAGCAUAUCCAACAGAAGAGCUAGAAGAAGAAGAAAUAACAGAAGAUGAUGCAGAACUAACACUUAAUAAACUGGAAGAUGAUGUUGUGGAAGAAGAGUCAGACAAUGACGAAAAUUUUAUUGACCUGAAUGUUUUAAAGGCACAGACAUACAGAUCGGAUGUGAACGAUUCUGCAAAGCAAGAGGAGAUUUUACAGUCCACGACAGAUGCAGCAGAGUGGAAUCUGGAAGUGGAACGUGUGCUUCCACAGCUGAAAGUUACGGUCAGGACUGACAAUAAGGAUUGGAGGAUUCAUGUAGAUCAAAUGCAUCAGCAUAAGGAUGGAAUUGAAUCUUCUUUGAAAGAAACUAGGGGUUACCUUGACAAACUCCAUAAUGAAAUCAGCAGAACAUUGGAAAAGAUCAAUAGCAGGGAGAAGUACAUCAACAAUCAGUUGGAGCACUUGGUUCAAGAGUACCGUUCAGCACAAGCCUUGCUGAGUGAGGCUAAAGAGAAGUACCAGGAGGGAAGCGGAGGAGUAACUGAAAGGAUUAAAGUGCUUUCUGAGAUUACAGAAGUAUUAGAGAGAGUAAAGCAGGAAACAGAAGAGAGAGGAAGCAGUAUGACCGAUGGUGCUCCUCUAGUGAAGAUUAAACAGGCCUUAACAAAACUGAAGCAAGAAACCAUUCAGAUGGACAUACAAAUUGGUGUAAUGGAACACACAUUACUCCAGUCAAAGCUGAAAGAGAAAUCCAAUAUGACUAGAGAUAUGCAUGCAACAAUGAUUCCAGAAGACACAAUGAUGUUUGUCAAGCACUUUUAAGAAGUAACAUGCACGCUUUGGACUCAGCAUGGAGUCAUGUUUAGUUUUGUGCUGUAAAGAUUUACUGCAGAUUCCUUCCAGCUAUACUAAUAAAUUUUUAUUAAUGAA